AUCUUCUCGAACAAUGGCUUCAAAAAACGUAAUGACUAUACAAAGAACCUUAAAAUUAUUGCAUAAGAGUAUAAAAUGUUCGAGUAUUCAAGUGAGAAAAAGUAGUUGUUGGACACAAGAUAAUAUUAUCACGUCUCCGUAUAAGAAUCUUGAAAUACCAAAUUGCACACUCUUUGACUAUGUGUGGCAGAAUUUGGAGAAAUGGCCCGAAAGGACUGCUGCAGUGUGUGCAACAACAGGUCGCGGCUACACGUACGAACAAGGUUUCAGACUGAGCAGCAACUUCGCAGCCAAUCUUCGCAAGAAGUUUAAAAUAAGAGAUGGCGACAUUGUCAGUGUCAUAUUACCUAACACUCCUGACUACCCAUUGAUCACUUUAGGAAUUUUGGAGGCCGGUGGAGUUGUAUCUACUAUUAACCCUGCUUACACAGCCCACGAAGUUCAACGCCAACUUCAAAUGUCCAACUCUAAACUAGUAGUAACACUGCCAGAACUGACCAAAGUCGUCAAGGAAGCGCUGAAACAAGCGAAAUUGGACUUAAAUGUUAUCGUUGUUCGAACCAAUGGGGACGCAGCACCAGCUGGUACAAUACUUUUCAGUGAAUUAAGCGAAGAUUCCCAUAUAGAUAAGGAUUGUUUGAAAGAAGUCAGAAGAAGUGCAAAAGAUAUUUGCCUCCUGCCAUAUUCCAGUGGUACAACCGGAUUGCCAAAAGGGGUGGAAUUGACAAAUAGGAAUAUAGUUGCCAACUGUGAACAAAUUUCUGAACUCAACAUUGCAAGCAACAAUGAAACUACUGCAACCCAUCAAGACGCAGUGAUGGCUGUGUUGCCGUUCUUCCACGUCUAUGGCGGCACAGUGGUGAUGUUCCACAAACUCUCGCAGGGCAUCAAGCUGGUCACCCUUGAUAAAUUCCAGCCUGAACCAUUCUUCAGAGCUUUAGAGAAGUUUAAAACAAACCUCUUGUUUGUUGCUCCGCCAAUCUCUCUUCUAAUGACGACACAUCCAGCAGCGACGAUGAAAACCUUCCAGAACAUAGAGAUGGUUAUAGGCGGAGCAGCUUCUUUUAGUGACAGCGACAUUAAACAAUUUUUAAAUAAAGCCCAGCGUGACAUAGAUUUCAGGCAAGGCUACGGUCUGACAGAGACGUCGCCAGUCAUUUGUCUGCCUCAAAGGGGAUCGAAGAGAUACGCAACAGUCGGCCAUGUAGUGCCCGGUAGUGAAAUCAGGAUCAUUGAUGGUGAUUCAAAUAAUUUGGGACCAAAUCAGUCUGGUGAACUACUAAUCCGAGGUCCCCAAGUGAUGAAAGGAUACCGGGAGAAUCCGCAAGCCAACGCCGAGUCUUUUGAUAAGGAAUGGUUACGGACAGGAGAUCUCGCAAUUGUUGACGAGGAUGGUGUUGUCACUGUCACAGACCGUCUCAAAGAACUUAUUAAGGUGAAAGGUUUCCAAGUGCCACCAGCAGAACUAGAAGCAGUGCUACGAGAACAUCCUUCGAUCACAGACGCAGCAGUCGUCGGAGUACCACACCCGGUCAAUGGGGAAGCUCCAAAAGCCUUCGUUGUCCUUAAAAAAGGCAAAGAAGUUAAAGCUGAAGAGAUAAGUCAGUUUGUUAAAGAAAGAGUGGCUGCUUUUAAGAGAGUCGAUGAUAUUGUUUUCCUGGAUAAUAUUCCUAAAAGCGCUACUGGUAAAAUUUUGAGAAAAGACCUGAAGGCAAAUUAUUGUUGAAUUUGAAUAAUUAAAGCAGGCAUAACUAUAGUCCAUUUGUUUAUGUAUUUAACUAAAUGUAAACGAUGUUAUGAUGUCUAUUUAAUGCAAUAUACAUGUAUAAAAUUAUUUUUACUUACCUCAAAUAUAAAAUACAAAUACUUAGCUUCAUAUGAAAUUGCAUGCCUAUUUUUAUAUCUAUUGAUUUGUAAAGUAUAUGUUCUAAUAAAAAUAUAUAUCAAGAUUAUUUACAUUAAGUUAAGUACCUCAACAAAUGGACUAUACAAUAAAUAUACAAAUUGUUAAAAUUUAUAUUCACUACUUACUAUUCGCUUGUAUAAAAAUUUUACAUAGGCUGAACGCAGCGAGACGCGACACCUUGUAUUAUACGAGUCAGACAAUCCCGGUUCCUGCGAGGUACAUAUAGUGCUUUUCUUAAACAAUGCGGGGAAAUAAUAAAAGACCAAAGAAUGAAGGAAAAUAUAUAAUAGAAAAAGUAAAACUAGUUUUGCAUGGAAAUAUUGCUUUUUGUUGAAAAUUAGGCAGAGUAUAGUCCAUUAGUGAUGCUACAAACCUCUGUUUCUGCUUCCGCAACAUUUUUAUCGAAACUUUUUUAGUAGCUUUGUGUAGUGUAAUUUUUUUGCAUUGUUGUGCAAAUAAUGAAAUCAAAAACAAGCCCUGUUUGGAAUUAUUUUGUUGAGUUCUUUGUAGUUUCAGCUAAGUUUACUUUUGACGUCGUUUCCGUUAUGACACUUCCGUUGCAUUACAGUCUAUUAUUGCAUUUUCGGUCUUCUCACUAGAGCUAAUUUUCGCGAAGAAAACAUAAAAAAUGCAAAAAGGUACAUUCGUGCACCACAGUUGAACGCAACAUAAGUAAAACCAUAGACAAUAUUUUUUUAGUUCUCGCAAUUACGGACACUCAUGCUAGUGAGCAGUUCGCUGUAUGACAGUUUUUAUUUAGUCUGUUUACUAGAUGUAAAAGAAGCUUGCUAGCUUUAACCUUUUAUCCGUAGAUCUGUUUAAAAGUAUAGAGUAGCGGAUGUUAACGGAUUUUCAUAUUUAUUUUGCCAGCCUAGGCUGGUAAAGAUUAGCAUGCGCCAUAAUUAAUUAAUAAACUUUGUGGAUUCUUUUUUUAAAGCAAUGCAAACAUUUCCGAGCUUGUUC